AUGGGAUACCCGGGCCGCGCUAUCGCCAAGGGCGAGGACGGCAGCGCCCGCUGCUUGCGCUGGGCCAGGGACUUCGCUCGCAACUGGCACGCCGAAACAUCGCCCUCUGAACCCGACCUGAGCGGCACCUGGGUCUCUCAACGGUGCGAAGUGCGGUCGGGGCCAGAGUUCGUACUUCGGAAGUACCACUUCUUCGAUGACUCCAAGUUCCAUAUGGUACAGUUCUUCUACCUGGACAGCUCGUGCACGGUUCCGGCGUAUGCGCUAGACGGCUGGGGCAGGCUUGAGCUUUCCAGCUUGUCCUGGGUGGUGCCCGGGGCUACCGAGGCCGAGGCUUCACUGUCCCACCUCAACGUGAUAGCCUACACUGCCGAAGUGGCCGAGCGGCUCAGUAGGGCAGUCAACAGGUCGUGCCCUGGAGAAAUCAAGCGGCCCUGGGAGACGUACCUAAAGUAUCGCCUUGUCAGCUUCGUGGAAGGUCGAAUUGCAGACAAGCCGCUUGUCGAAGAUUUUGUUUGCACAGGGGGCCUGCAGUUUACCCUCAACGAGCUACAACUGAUCCGCAUCGUGCACCAAGGUCCUCUACCGAACCGGCGCCAAUCCGAUGCGCCUGCAGCCGAGCUGUACCUGGGCGACAUCCACAGCGACGUGCGCAAACGGCUCUCGUACCGGCCUACUUCGUACCAGCCACCGCUGCUCGAAGCAAGUGUAAGUUUCCACAUUUACUUGCAUUUGUGCGUUUCUCACACCACUUACGAGUUCUCUGAGUUCGCGUAA